AUCAAAAGCCUGUGUCAGAGCAGGCAAAGACCUAGGAGCUGCACCAUGGAGCGCUACAUCUUCUCAAUACUGUUUCUGAUCUUGACUGUGGAACCAGCUGCUUCAACGGACAAUGGAUUCUUCAUCUCAGCCCCCGGAGUUUUUCAUGUGGGUGUUAAUGAGAAAGUGUUUGUCCAGAUGGGAAAGUCUCAUUUUAACAUUCCUGUUACUCUCUACCUGGAGUUUGAGACUGGGGGACUUUUGUCUGAAAAAAUAACUACUACUUGUACUGAGGAACAUAAGAUCCAAACAGUUGAGCUCAAGAUAAAAGACUUUGUAGCAAAGUUGGAAGAACCUAAGGCAUUGUGGUACCUCACACUGGUGGCAGAGAGCCCCGCCUUCAGUGGCAGGAAGUCAACAAAGGUCCUGGUAUCAAAACGGAGAGGAAAUAUCUUCAUUCAGACUGAUCAGCCAAUUUACAACCCAACACGACAAGUGAAUUACAGGAUAUUCACUCUUGACCACACGUAUAGGCCUAGUGAGGACGUGAUCUAUAUAUCAGUUAUUAAUGCUGCUGGGAACAAAGUAAUGAGGUCCCUACGGUCUGCAAAGGGAGGAAUACUAAAAGGCAAUUUUCCCAUACCAGAUGUCUCAAAAAUGGGCACAUGGAAGAUUACAGCACACUAUGAAAAUGACGAGAAAAACGCUGUUUCCAGAGAGUUCAAAGUCAAAAAAUUCGUUUUACCAAGUUUUGAGGUGAACAUUGCAAUGGAACAGCGCUAUAUUUUGUUAAAUGCUGUAGAGUUUAACUUCACCAUCUUAGCCAGAUAUUCACAUGGCGAGAAAGUUAAAGGGGCUUACCACUGCCAAUUUGGUGUGGUAGAAAAAGAGACAACUCAUGGUGAAAAAAUGAAACCUGUCUUUAUCAGGAGACUGGAGUUGACUGGUUCGGUCCAGGAUGGAACUGCAUCAGCUACUCUCCAGAUAGCAGAAUUACGCAACCAACUCCAAAUUCAGCAGAAUAAAAGUAUCUCCGAACUACAGCAGCGUGGAGCCCAGAUCUACUUGGGAGUAUUUGUCACCAACAUCCAAAGUGGUGAAAUUCAAGAGACAGAGGUGUACCUUCCUAUCAUCUCCCACAAAUACACCGUGGAUCUCUCUCGAACUCGCACAUAUUUCCUUCCUGGAUACCCGCUAGAUGUAGUGGCAGUUGUGCGUCACCCAGAUGGAUCCCCAGCAGCUGGUUUGCCAGUAAAGAUGGAAGUAAAACCAGAGGAACCUUGGCACGGCACCACUGACCAGGAGGGGGCAGUGUAUCAUGUCUUUAACAUUCAAAAUGAGGUUCCGAUUACAGUUAAGGUGUCAGCAGAUGGCCUUCAGAAGGAGAAAGUAAUCCAGAAAGCUUCUUCUCCGAGUAAUUGCUUCCUUUACCUGAGUAUUACCCACAGGAUGUAUUCUGUAGGCGAGACACUAACUGUUAACUACAACACCAUCAAUGCCCCAACACAAGGGUUGAUAUACUAUAUGGUUUUUAGCCGUGGGAUCCUAAUAAAGCAGGGUUCUGUAAGCCUUGGUACUUCAGUUGGAAAAAACCUUCAGAUAACAUCUGAUAUGGUGCCAUCCUUCCGUCUGAUUGGCUACUACUACAACCAGAAUGAUGACAUCAUUGCGGACUCAGUGUGGGUAGAUGUCAUGGAUGAAUGUCAGAUAAAGGCCAAGGUAGAAACAAAAGGACCGUUCAAACCCGGAAAACAGUCUGUGCUAGAAUUUGAUUUGCAUGGUCAGAGAGCCAAAGUGGCGUUGCUGGCUGUGGAUAAAGCCUUCUACGGUCUUAAUGCAGAUAAUAAACUCACAGCCAAACAGGUGUUUUCGUCCAUGCAGUCCUCUGAUCUUGGUUGCACAUACGGUGGAGGAGCUAACCCUGGAUCUGUACUAACUGAUGCUGGACUGUCUUUUUUCUCUCAGUCAGAUUCAAAAUGGAAAAAAGGUCUUACCUGCAACUCACAAGCUGCAAGACAAAGGCGCUCUGUGGACCUUCAACAGGAAAUGAUGUCCUUAAAAUCAAACUUUUCCAAUGAAGAGUUUCAAGAAUGUUGUGUUCAAGGGUUUUCUCUUAUCCCUAUGAGACGCACAUGUCUGGAAAGAGUGAAGAGAAUCAAUCUGGUGGAAGCCAAACCUGGUUGUGCAGAAGCCUUUUUUAAAUGCUGCCUUGAAGGAGAGCGUCUGAGAAACAAAAAGAUGAUAGAGGAGGCCCAGGAUGAACUUGGCAGGACUACCAGCACAGAGGACAUUGAAGAGUUCUUUUUGGACACCACUGCUCAGUACAUUCGACGAUUUUUCCCCCCAAGCUUUGCAUUCACAGAAUUUGAAGUAAAUGGAAAAGGAAGCUAUAAUUUGGCUCUCCCUGAUUCCAUCACCACGUGGGAGAUUCAGGUGGUCACUUUAUCAGCAGCCACAGGUUUCUGUGUAGUCAAGCCGUCUGAGGUCAGAGCAUUCAAGAGCGUAUUUGUGUCUCUGAGAAUGCCUUACUCUGUGAAGAAAUAUGAGCAACUAUCCAUUUCACCUGUUAUCUACAAUUAUGGCGAUGAUAAACUACAGUUGGCUGUUCACAUGGAACAAACGGAGGGGCUUUGCUCGCCCGGCUCAGCCACCACGACAGCUUUUGUCAACAUUACUGUGGAGCCGCAGUCCUCUCAGUUUGUCUCCUUCUCUGCUGUCCCCAUGGUAACGGGCUCGAUACCCAUCAAAAUCCGUCUCUAUGAUAUAGGGAAUGAGAUGGGAAUAGAUGCCAUUGAGAAGACUUUGAAUGUGUUUACAGAAGGACUAGAAAAGAGAGUAGAAGAAACCCAUGUGCUAAAAUUAGAUGGGAAGAGCUCAAAGACUUUCACUAUUGACGGAACUUUACCAGAUGACGUAGUGCCAGACUCCCUUUCCAAUAUUUUCAUUUCAGCCGAAGGGGAUGGAUUUGGCAGUUCACACGCAGAGAACCUUCUUUCUCCUCAAAAGGUUUCCAAACUGAUCGAAAUGCCUACAGGAUGUGUAGAACAGACAAUGUCCAUACUGGCCCCUACAGCUUCAGCCCUCCGCUACCUGGACCUGAGUCAGCAAUGGUUUGACCUGCCUGCUGGUACCAGAGAUGAUGCUCUUGAUAAAAUUGAGAAAGGUUAUGCCAGGGUUUUAGGUGGCAAGCAACCAGAUGGAUCUUAUAAUCCAUGGAGUAAAGAGAAACCUAGUAAUUGGUUGACUGCCUAUGUAGUGAAAGUGUUAUCGCUGGUGGGGCAGCGUCAGACCGUGGCUUUUGGAGAGCAGGGCAGGAAGGCUAGGGUUGUGCCAGAAGAAGAUAUCCGGCAUUCAGUCAGAUACUUGCUCUCAGUACAGAACACAGAUGGGUCAUACCAUGACCGAUAUCCAGUGCUACACAAUGGAGUUCUGGUAAACCAAGACAAAAAAGCAUCCAUGACGGCUUCCAUUAAUCUUGCACUGUACCGGUCUCUUCAAUUCCUAGAUAGUGAAUUAAGAAAUAAUGUGGAAGCAAGUAUUUCAAGAUCUAAAACAUAUCUCCUGUCACACCUGGAGGAGCUUCAGCAUCCCUACGCUGUUGCCAUUACAGCCUACUGCCUUGCAGUUUGCAUGCCACAGGAAACAGAUCAUUCAUCUGCCUUGAGAAUACUUCAAAAACUGGCUACUGAAGUGGAGAAUGGCUGUAAUCAGCGGACAGCUAAUGCCAGCCCACAGAAACAGAGGCCAGAUGCCAUCACAGUAGAGACUGCAGCUUACACCUUACUGGCUGCAGUGGAACUGGGGCAAACCGAGAUCGCAGACAAAACUGCGUGCUGGUUAACCACCCAGGAAAACUAUUUUGGUGGCCAAGGAUCAUCACAGGAUACCGUCAUGACAAUGGAAGCCUUUGCGGAAUACGAGCUAAAGAGGACCACCAGUCCUGAAGCAAAUCUCAUAGCAGAGUUCACAGUCCCAGGAAAGAGAGACAUUGCAAAGCUUACACUGAAAAAUAAGAAGGAGAGAGUGGAAACAGACCUUAAGAAAUUAGCAGGGAACAACAUUAUUGUGAAAUUGACAGGAAAUGGCGAAACCAAGUUGAAAAUUGUAAAGGCUUACCAUCUACUGGACUCCAAGGACCAUUGUGACAAAGUGUCUAUCAGCGUCAGAGUAGAGGGCAAAGUGAAGUACACAGCUAAGAUCAUAGAAAACUAUGACUACUAUGAGGACUACUCUGUCAACAAGGAGAAGGAGGUGCGAGUGGCACGAUCAGCAAUUGAGUGGUUUGAUGCUCGCACCAGAAACAGAAGAGAUCUUGAUAACAACCUCCAAUCAGAAAAUACUGUCACCUACCAUGUGUGUGUCAGUCAUAGCCUAGACCGCAAUCUCACAGGAAUGGCUAUUGCUGACAUCACACUGCUGAGUGGAUUUCAGGUUGAAACUCAGGACCUGGAUAGGCUGACACUUCUGCCUGAAAAAUACAUAGCCCAUUAUGAGGCCACCUAUGGAAGAGUGGUGCUGUACUUCAAUAAGGUCCUUGAAUCAAAGGAAUGCAUUAGCUUUGACGCUACACAGACCGUACUAAUUGGCCUUCUACAGCCUGCUCCAGCUGUCUUCUAUGAUUAUUAUGAACCAAACAGACGGUGUACUGUGUUUUACUCUGCCCCCAAAAGAAGCACAAUGAUCUCCAAACUGUGUUCAGAGGAUGUGUGCCAAUGUGCAGAAAGACCCUGUCAUAAAAUACAAAAUACAUUCCAAAGACGUCCAAGAAUGUCAAAAUAUGUCCGUUUACAACAUGCGUGCUUCUUUCCUGUAGUAGAUUACGCAUACAACGUUGAAGUCUUAAAUGUUACCAUGAAGAGCAACUUUGAGCUGUACACAGUGAAUGUAACGGAUAUACUCAGAUCACAUGGAGAUAUCCUUGUGAGCGAGAAUUCUGUCCGAGUGUUUGCUAAGAGGUUACACUGUAAAGGACAAUUGGACUUGGGAAAACAGUAUCUCAUCAUGGGCAAAGAUGGCGCCACAACUGACUCAAACGGAAAGAUGCAGUACCUGCUGGAGUCAAACACUUGGGUUGAAAGAAAGCCUUCGAAGGACACAUGCAAAAAAUCGGCAUAUAGAUCUGCCUGCACAGAGUUGGAUAGCUUUACAGAGGAGUACAAGAUAGAUGGCUGCAGACAGUAAAACACACAACUCCUUUUCAUUUAACAUUGUAUGUUCUCUGUAUGUACCUCUUGGCCAGGUCAGCAUUGAAAAUGAGAUUUUAUCUCAAUGCUUUUAUCUGGUUAAAUAAAGGUUAAAUAAAAAAAAUGUUAAAGAGUCAUGAAAGCAUUUAACCUAAACUCCUAAAGAGGCAUUGUUGCUAGCCAACAAAAAAAGAGUGACUCAGCCCACAGUAUAAUUGUAUAGUUUACUACUGACAAUGUAACCAAUUAAUCGUGUCUUUAUAACUAAUAUAGCUACCAGUGUUUUAAACAUAUAUAUAAUAAAAACACCAUGUUGUAAUUGAAAA